GCCGAGAACAAGGGCAACUGACGCGGUCACCCUCGCCCCCAACACAGAGAGAAGGUCUGCUCUCCACCGGAUGGACUCCCACGGCAAGCCCAAGCCCGCCGGUUCGACGCCGCCGACGCCGCCGAAGCCGCCGAAGCCGCCGACGCCGCCGAAGCCGCCGACGCCGCCGACGCCGACGCCGCCGACGCCCGAGGCGAGGAAGGGGUUCAUGCGCCGCAUCUUCCCUUUCCUCCUAGCCGCCAACCUCUUUGUCGUAGCUUAUGUCCUCGUGCGGGCCAACCAAAAGGACUCAGCAAAGAAGGACCCAACGACUGAUCCUGCUACUGCAACUGCUGGGAAGCCUGCUGAGCCAGUCUCUAUCCCCAGAAAGGAGCUCCCACCAAUCCCUGAAGAUGACCAGCGCAAGCUCUACAAAUGGAUGCUGGAAGAGAAGCGGAAGAUCAAGCCACGCAAUGCUGCCGAGAAGAAGAAACUCGAUGAGGAGAAGGCCCUUCUAAAAGAGUUCAUCCGAGCAGGAUCCCUCCCAAGCUUCUAAAAGAGAUCAAGCCAUUUGGGUCUCUUGUGUCUGAUGUUCAGCCAAGAAGAUGAUUGGGCCUGAUUGGAUUGUGUACAAACACAGUACUGUGCUAUCUUGUAAACUGAUGUCUCCAUGAUGUAGCCUCCUCGAGUUCAAAGGUUGUGUGGAUGCAAACUAGUGUUGUGUGCAUUGGUUCUAGAGAUUCUUCAAGGCUAAAAAAACUAAAGUGUGUCAAAUUCUUCUGUUCCAUUCCAUCCGCAAUUUGCUCCGUUGACAAUUUUAUGUUCUGUGGCUCUCGUGUGAUGAGUGAACUCAUCGCGUGUGAUGAGCUCAUCGAUUGCCAUGUACUGUAUUGUUGAGACCCCAACUGGGCCCCAACCCUAUUUAGAAUGUUCUUAACUGCGUAGUGCAAAA